GUAGCCUGUGGUUACACGCAUGCGCAAAGAUCAGUUUCAACAUGGCGGACAAACACAAGCCAUCGAUUUGUUAGUAGUUUUUAUCUUGUUCUUUGGCUUCCGAAAAACGCCAUGACACGUUUCGCUCGGAUGCCCAAGAAAACCUUUCACGAGGCGACCGAAUGGGGAAAGUUUGAAGAUCCGAGCAAAGGGACAACAUCUGAAGGAAAGCAAAGCAAAAAUAAGGACACUGGAGAGAAGACAGAAAGCAUAGAACUUAAAGACAGAAAAAUAGAGAAGAAAAAAAAGAAGAGACAAAGGGAAGAUAAACAGCUGGGGGAAGAACCUUCUAAAGUUAAGAAGUCAAAAACAGAACAGGAACAUGUGAAAACAGAGAAAGGUGUUACACCCCAAAACAGUCAAAAGCAUUUUGAAAAAAAGCCGAAGAAUUUUAAUAAAUUACCUAAUAAAAAUAAUAAAACAGAUAGGGAAAAUGCAGUGGCACAGUUCAAAAAGAGCUUCUCUGGAGAGUCAAAAUAUGAAAAGAAACUUGAAAAGCAAAGAGAAGCGAGGAGGAAGCGAAGAGCUAAACAAAAGGGUGUGACUUGUUUCCAUUGUCGUGAGCUUGGUCAUCGUGCUGCAGAUUGUCCACAAACCAAGAAGACCAGCGCAGGUGUUGGAGUGUGUUAUAAGUGUGGUGCAACUUCACACAUCACAAAGCACUGCAAGGUCACCACAACAUCAGAAAGUCCCUUUCCAUUUGCAAAGUGUUUUAUCUGUGGUGAGACAGGCCAUUUAUCAAGUAGCUGCCCUGACAACCCUAAGGGGCUUUACCCUGAAGGUGGGGGAUGCAAGGAGUGUGGGUCUGUGGAGCACCUAAGAAGAGACUGCCCUGAGUUGGAGAGGAACAAACAAGAUGGAAGAUGGGCAAAGCAUGGGAAAAUGUUCAGAAGUGCAGAUGCUGAGCAAGAUCCAGAUGAUGAAAACCCACGAACUUAUAGACCAAAGAAACCCAAACAAAAAGUUGUCAAGUUUUAGGCAUUUCUCUUGAUUUAAAUGUUUCACUAAAAUCCAAACCUUAUGUUUGUAGAUAUAAGAUAUGUAAAUGUGCACUACGCAUAGAGGCUGACACUGUUGAAUUUUAUGUGAGAUGCAUGUAGACUUUUAAAAAGUCUUUACUGCAGUCAUAAAAUAAUAUUAAAAACAUUAGUCAGGUC